AUGUCUUCAUCAUCUUCAGCAUCUUCUCCCUCAUCUGAAUCACCUUCCUCAAGCUGUCCAACUGCUGGGGACAAGUAUCCUGCAUCUUUCAAUGUUCAGCUUACUCAAACUGGUCACCAGAAAGCUGCAGAGACUGACUUCAUAACUUUGCAUGGCUGUCACUUCAUGCAGGCCAAUGACAUGUGGACACUGCCUGCUAUUCCUGAAGAUCAUGUCCAAACUGAUGAUAUGAGAGGGUUGAAGAAAGCUGUCAUUGAAUGGCUCGCUGACACCAUCAUGACGGCAGUCAAGAGAGAUGCAAUGUCAUUAACCCUGAUAUCACCAAAGUCACAUCGAGGCUUCAAUGAUCCAGUAACCGGUGCUCUGUUGUGCCUGGUCGAGCUCAACUGGAAUGACCCCCAGAUGAACUUAAGCAUGGAAUGGCACGCAUCAAUGGCAAUCUCAUCAGCAUGCACGACUGGCCCGCAUUCUUAUACGACCAUACUUACAUAUGAUCUGCAGCUUCCCUUUGAUGGCAUCCUUCAUGGGUUGCUUGUUGUGAAGGCAUUUAAGCACAUCUUCCUUGGCCCCAGCACAGCAAACACCGACGAUGAUAGUAACAGCAAACAAGGUCAAAGUACAUGUGCCAGCAAUGUGGCCAUUCAUGGCAUGCAUAAAGUCAAUGCUGCAUCCAUUGCCUAUGCAGCUGUGCAUAUCUUCUUUGCACUGUCUUCUGCAGGCACAUAUAGCAAGACAAACAAGGCUUGUGAUAGUGUUACAUUGUACCACAGUGUUUACAUGUUCUUUGAUGAUUCCUUACUUAAGGAAGAGGCUGAUGAAUGCCUCAUGUGGUGGAACCACAAAAUCUUUAUUACUGCGACAAUCGAAGAGGUCGCUAUUCAAUCACACCUUCAACAGCUUCGUGCAGCUAAAUCCUCGCUCACGAAGGAUGCAUAA